AUGUUUUGCGGCUACAGAAGAAAGAUAGCUAUGUCGGGGGGCCCGCGCAUAUUAUGCGUAAUUGUAUUAUGCGUAUGCUGCGUGCUGUUAGGUCAGUAUCACCUGUCAAAUUCUGUAAGAAACAACCCCCAACAAUAUAACGAUUUAAAUUUGGAAAGCAUCGAAACCAGACGAUAUGUCAGCGAUGCUGGGACUCUGAACCGAAUAAACGAAUGCUUGAAUUAUGGUUCGGAAAAUUUGCCUCCGCUGUAUAUUAUAACGCCGACUUAUAGAAGAUCUGAGCAACUAGCUGAAUUAACUAGAUUAUCGCACACUCUAAUGUUAGUACCGAAUUUGUAUUGGUUAGUUAUCGAGGAUGCCUACAAAACGAAUGAUCUCAUCACGGAUCUGUUAAAGAGGACCGGUAUAAACCACGUGUAUUUAACAGCUCCGAUGCCGGAGCAGUACAAAAAGAAGAAAGGCGCGAAACCUCGAGGGGUGUCGAACCGAAACAAGGGCUUGGAAUGGGUGCGGGAGAACGCAAAAACGGGCGUUUUUUAUUUUGCCGACGACGACAACAGCUACGAUUUGCAGUUGUUCAACGAGAUCCGCUUCACGAGAAAAGUUUCGAUGUUUCCCGUGGGUCUGGUGACGAAGUUCGGGGUUAGUACGCCGGUGAUCCGGAACGGGAGGUUCAGCGAGUUCUACGACGGAUGGCAGGGAGGCCGGAAGUUUCCGGUCGACAUGGCCGGCUUCGCCGUUUCCGUGCAGUUUUUGUUGGAGCGACCUCACGCCAUCAUGCCUUAUUCGCCUGGCUUCGAGGAGGACGGAUUUCUCAAAAGCUUAAAGCCCUUUGAGCCCAACGAAAUCGAAUUAUUAGCCUCUAGCUGCACCAAGAUCUACGUUUGGCACACACAAACAAAGAAGAACGAACCGUCUUCGUCUCUAGCCGAAAAAUAUAAUAAUACUAACGUACAUUUGCUCAAGAAAAUUUUAGUCUAG